UUACUAAUAAGAAAGAUGAACAUCUCAAGCAAGGUGAUGAGAGAGCCGCUGCAAGUAUCAAUGUAGCACAAGAGACAAGUUUGGCUACUGGAGUGUCUAUCUCGUCUGUCCAAGCGGUGAAAAAAGAGGCGGAGACACACGGAUGCCAGUCUCCAGUCCGCAAGCGACCGAACAGGAUGCGACGCGAGUACCUGGACGACUUUGAGCAAUGUGCGCUAAGAAGAAUGGUGCAUGCUAUGUAUUUGGACGGAAAAAAGGUCACUUUGGACACGAUGAAAGCAGCGGUGCAAGAACAACUCGGGAAGACCAUCUCUCGAUCAACACUUCGAAGGCAGCUAUUGCAGAACGGGUUCAAGUUCAGGGAAGUGAACAACCGAAAGCUGCUGAUCGAAAAGCCUCAGGUGGUCGCCGCAAGAAACACUUUCCUCAGGCGAAUUCAAAAGAUAAGACAGCAAAACCCGGAUCGAAAUAUCUUUUAUCUGGAUGAAACUUGGUAUAACCAGUUCGAUAUGAAAACGGUUGCAUGGUUGGACGAUGAUGAGGUGGUCGGCCAGAAACCAGUGACUGGGAAGGGAAAACGACUUAUCAUAGUCGACGCUGGAUCUGAGAAAGGAUUCGUCUCAGAAGCAUACAUGUGCAUGAGGACAGAUGGCAAGUCAGCUGACUACCACACGUCCAUGAACUCCGACUGCUUCGAGACCUGGUUCACGCAACAGCUGCUACCAAACCUACCACCUCAUAGCGUCAUAGUCAUGGACAACGCGUCAUACCACUCACGAUGCGCGAACAAAGCUCCCACAUCAAGCUGGCGGAAGGCAGCUAUCCAAGAAUGGCUUCAGGUCCAUCACGUCGAGAUUGAUCCGGGCAUGCGGAAGGUGGAGCUGCUCGAGCUUGUGCGUCCUCUCCGACAGGCACGCGAGUACGUGCUUGACAUGCUGGCGCAAGAAGCAGGUCACGAAGUUCUGAGGCUGCCACCCUACCAUUGUGACCUUAACCCAAUUGAAAUGAUUUGGGCACAUAUGAAGUCCCACGUCCGCCAGCUGAACACCUCUGGGCAUCUCCAGGACAUCGAAAGGCUGCUGCUCGAGAGCCGGGACGCCACCACAACGGACAUGUGGCGUAACUGCUGCCGCCAUGUGCAGGAACUGGAGGAGGCAUACUGGCGUGCUGAUGGCAUGCUGGAGGACAUCGAUCCUGUGGUAGUGUCAUUGCAGGAUUCGAGCUCCGACAGCGACAGUGAUGAGGAAUGAUGCUUGGUGAUGUUCGUCAGGUGUUCGUUGUUUUUGGACCUGUAUAAGUAUUGUGCGUUAUAUCUUCUCCGACUGAACGAUUGUAACUGCAACCGCCCACCCUGCGUUGUACACUUGGUCGCGUCUGGUGUUUCCAUAAUAUACUCAGUC